UUCACGCUCUGAUGGCUGACUGAUUGGUGACGUAACCAAUCCGCUGAACAAGGCGGGCCGAACAGAGACGCCGGAUUAACCUCAGCGCAUCUUAUUUUCAAAGCACCACCUCGUCGCUCCUUAUAGAAACGCUCAAUGAUGGCAGGAAGCCCCGACCACAAACAAGAAGAUGGAGGUGAUUUCAACACAGUCAUUCGCCUUCAAAGCUACUUACAUGGAGGAACCUCCAGCUUGCUGUCAGCGCUUCCCACCCUUUUCGUUUUUCCUGUCUACAAGACCAUUUUCCGUCAACAGAUCCACAACACCUCAGUGCACCGUGCAGUGGGACAACUCUAUAAAGAGGGACCUGUAAAGCUCUACAGGGGCGUGGUUCCACCACUCCUGAUGAGGACCCUGAAUGGCACACUGCUCUUCGGCCUCCAGGACACACUGCUCCGUCAUCUCUCACUGACAACCCACAAUGCCACCUCAGCAGCUGCUCUACCUGCUCUGGCUGGAUUUGGGGCCGGCAUGGUGGAAGCUGUGGUCUUCACCCCAUUCGAACGAGUUCAGAAUGUGCUUCAGAACGGCCAGAAUGACAGGCAUCUACCGUCCUUGAGGAGUGUCCUCAUGAGGUUGAAGGUGCAGAGAAUUAGCCAGGGCUACUACAGAGCCUUCCUGCCUAUCGCAGCCCGCAACACCCUCGGCAGCUCCCUGUAUUUUGGCUUGAAGGGGCCUGUGUGUGUCCUUGUGGCAGGACAGGGACUUUCUCCCAUGGGCUCCUCAUUUGUCUCAGGAACUCUGACCUCUAUGGCAAUCAGCUUAACUCUGUACCCUCUGUCUGUGCUGGUAGCAAACAUGCAGGCACAGGUAGGAAGAGAGGUGAAGGGUGUCAUAACAUGUUGGAGGGCGCUGUGGAAAUCUCGGAAUCACAGUGUGGCUCUUUUGUACCGAGGAGGCACCCUUGUUAUUCUGAGGUCAUGCAUUACCUGGGGAAUCACCACAGCUAUUUACGACAGACAACAGCAACAAUCCUCCUGAAUGUGGAAUUGUUGAACGUUGCUCUGUUAUUCUGCAUCAACCCUUUUUUUUAAAAGUGCAAAUACGAUAAAAGGCUUCAGUAUUAUGAUUUUGUCCAUUUUUAAUGAGGUUUUCAAAGUUGAGGCCUAUCUUACAGAAAAUAUGCUGACAUGUCGUAGUGAAACUCAGGCGUUUUACAGGUGUCAGUUAAAAUGAUCCAGGGAGCCAUGACUGUGUUAGAGUGAGCUAGUGUGAACAAGUAAAGUAACCAAGCAACCUCAACUUCAAAUAUGGAAUGAUUCGGGAUUUUUUUAAGUCAAGUUCUGUUAAAAAUCUAUAAACAUCUUACUUGCAGCAGAUAACUCUCUUGAAUAACUACUAAAUUAAUACAUUUAGUGUAAAUUCAUCUUAAAACGACACUAAUUACCAAAAUGUUGAAGCCUUUAAUGCAAACCCAUUUUUACCUUUUAAACUCUUGUUCCAUUUGUAUUUGGCGGUUAUUUACAAAGAGCCUGAUGAUUAUUUUCUCAAGAAACUGAGAUUGGAGGCAGUGCACCACUUGGGAUCUUCCUCGGUGCAACAUGUACAAAGAAUAGAACAUUCUAUUGGAUUGAAAAGUACACCAGGGUAGAAAGCAAACAUAUAGAUGUUGAAGUGAAUGUUAUCUUACUGAUUUUUACACUUCUUUACUUUUCUGUUAGGAAGUUACUCUGACUGACAAUGCUUUAAAUGUUUUGUUCUUGGUACGUGUUUCACACAGGAAGAUCACUGGUGGCACACCGCCUCCAAGAUCUAGCUCUUGUGUAAAUAAUCAUCAGCUUCUGUGUAAAUAACCACCCAAUGCUAGCAUGAAAAACCACAUUCAUAUAAAAUUACGUAAAUUUUAGUCAUGGGAGUUGAUCUAAGAUUGAAAAAAUCUGAUUUGUUCUUGACCCAACUUGUACAAGCCAUUAGUUUCAGCUUUCGGGACCAACUAAUCUGGAUUUGUUCUGAAUAAAAAUGCCAAGGGAGUUAUCUUCAGCAGGUCAGAUAUUAGCUGCUUAUAACCUUUUAACAGAACCUAACUUAAAAAUGCUGAGUUAUCCCUUUAAAUCAUCGCAGCUCAACUACCUUGCUGAAAACGACAAACUGUCUGUUUUAUGUGUCACAAUGUAAACUAGCAACACCACUGCCAAGAAACUUGGGUGAAUAUUUCUCAUGUUUCUCACUUUUUAUGCUGCACAAGAAAAAUAAUUAUGGUUCUGGUAAGAAAAAAAAGUGCCUUUGUUCAUGUAGUCUGUUAUGGGAAUUCAUGCUCAUUGCAACUUUGUUGCAUGUUUGUUAAAAAUGGUUUGAUAUUUUUAGUUUUAUGCUAUUUGUUUAGGAACAGAGGAGUGGCCUUUAUGGGAGAAAUAUGGUCAGAUAAUAAGGCACUGAGAUUAGAUUUGUCUAAUCUAAGUCUGAAAGGUCCCUCAGCUACAAAUUUACAACAAAAAACCUCAUAGUUCAAAAAAUGUGGUAGCUAUAAAUAAUAGAAUGUCUCUCAAAAGGACUUGUAUCAGGAAAGAAAAUAAUCAGGAGUUUACCUUCACGUUCACUGAGCAUUAAUUAAGACAAUCUAAUGCACAACAUGAUGUACAUUCUAUUGUAGCAUUUAUAUGUACUUUCCUGACAGUAUUUUCCUUUACUCUUCGUAUGAGUUUUUUAAACAAGGUAGCAGGUAAAGACAUUGUUUACACUCACCCAGAGAAAGCCAAAUUAAAGAUGUAAACCAUAAGCUUGUGAAGGAUUUUUAGAAACCUUACUCUAACUGUGUCAGUUUGAUUUUUCAUAGUUUAUUGUCUCCUGGAUUGUAAAUUUAAAUAAAUCACAGCAUUUAUUAGUUUUUAUUCAUUUUGUAUCAGUGGCUGUUUUUGUUGGUGACUGUGGGCAUUGUGCUGAGAGCCACUUAACUGAUUUUGUAUAAUAAACCACAUGUCUGCCUUCUUGAA